AAUACAUGCUUCUUAUCUUAGUGCAUUCACAAUGAGGCCCCUCGAACAGUUAGUUUCUCUAAUCUUACUCUCACUUUUUCUGAGUAUGCAAGCUGAGGAACUCAAAUCCUCACAAACAAAGCCUUGUGAUUUUUCCGCAAUCUUCAACUUUGGUGACUCCAAUUCAGAUACUGGUUGCAUGUCAGCUGCAUUUUACCCUGCCACUCUGCCUUAUGGUGAGACUUUCUUCCAUGAAGCUGUUGGCAGAUAUUCUGAUGGCCGUCUCAUCAUCGAUUUCAUUGCCAAGCACCUUGGUUUCCCAUACUUGAGUGCAUACAUAAACUCAAUCGGAACAAGUUAUAGGCACGGUGCAAAUUUUGCUGCAGGGUCAUCAACCAUUAUGCGACAAAACAAAACCUAUUUCGAAAACGGCACGCCGUUUACUCUUGAAGUUCAAACUAUACAGUUUAACAACUUCAAGACAAGCACAGCAAAGUUCUUCAACCAAGCAAAAGGAAAUUCCUACAGAAGACACUUUCCCAGGCCAGAGGACUUAGCCAAAGCUAUCUACACAUUUGAUAUUGGGCAAAAUGACAUCGGUGCUGCUAUUAGCAGGGUGGGCAUGGAAGAUUCUCACACAGCAAUCUCAGACAUUGUGGAAGUUUUUACAAAUCAAAUCCGAUUUAUAUAUUGGCUAGGAGGAAGGACAUUCUGGAUACACAACACAGGCCCCAUUGGUUGUCUUCCAGUGGACAUGCCCGUGCACAAUGCCAUUAACAACUUUACUCAAGCACCUGGUUAUGUUGAUCAAAACGGCUGUGUGAACUAUCAAAACGACAUGGCCAAAGAGUUUAACACAAAGCUCAAGAUUGAAGUGGACAAAUUAAGGGUUCAGUUCCGUGAUGCCUCGUUCAUGUAUGUUGACAUGUUCUCCGCUAAGUAUGAGCUCAUCAGUAAUGCCAAAAAAGAAGGAUUUGUUGAGCCUUCUGAGAUAUGCUGUGGUUACUAUAAAGAUGGUCACCAAGUGAAUUGUGGGAAGAAAGAAAUAAUUAAUGGUAAAGAAAUUUAUGCUGGUCCUUGUGAGGAUCCUUCCAAGUACAUCAGUUGGGAUGGCGUGCACUACACUGAAGCAGCAAAUCGCUGGAUUGCCAAUCGAAUACUCAAUGGUUCUUUUUCAGAUCCACCACUUCCCAUCACACACUCAUGUCAAAUAACUCGUUAGCAAUUGACCCGGAUUCCCUGCGAUUAGAAGUCUCUAGUACAUCUGGUACAGUCAAGGACUCUAUGUUGUCCUGUGAUCAAAGAUUCAAUGGAUCCGAUUUAACCAGUUUACUAUACAAAGUAAUAUCAUUAAAUUAAAACCGUGUUAUUUGAUGACUAUAGGCUUAUCAUUUCACUAAA